AUUUCUGAAACAAGAUUCAACAUUUUGCUGGUUUCAGAUGAGAGACUGGAGACACUGGACCUCCCCCUGCCCUCUGCUCCACACACUCCACCCUUUCAACACAGGAAAGUCAUACCCUGGUAUUUCUGGGAACUCAUGAAUAGCAAAAAUUUGAGAUUACAUUAUCCAAUUAUUUGAGCACUUUUCUUGGUUCCUUAUGAAUAUUCAAUAAUAUGUAAAUUGACAACACCCAUUUCUGAGUAUAUAUUCAUCUUGAACCGUGUUGCAUCUUUAGAGGAGACUUUUCUUCAACUCUCUCUGCAGCACUUCAUCCUUUAAUAGAUAGAUCUCUGCUUGAGUGCAGAUUGUAGCUGACUUCAUUCUCUCUCCAGCUCUGAGGAACCUCCACAAUAGAGACGGACCAAACGUCUGUGGUGCAGAAGCAACCUGAGCAGAUAAAGUCACAGUUUGGAGAAAUGGGAAACAGCACAGGGAGACACAGAGAGACACCAGGAUUGUCCCCAACACCUCUGUUCACAAAUACGUUCUACCGAAUCCCAGCUCUAAUCUACAUUGACCAAACCUUUCUGGCUUUUGCUGAGAAGCGAACCUCAAUCAAGGAUGAGCAUGCGAAAGUGCUGGUCCUCAACAGGGGAAAGCGGCAGAAUGGAAGUGUUCAGUGGUCAGGUGUUGAGGAGCUCAAAGAAGCAAAGAUGCUGGAUCAUCGCACCAUGAACCCGUGUCCUGUCUAUGACGAAAAAAACAAACGUCUCUUUCUGUUCUUUAUCUGUGUGCGUGGUAGUAUCACUGAGCAAGAGCAGAUAAAGUCAGGUAAUAACGCUGCUAGGUUAUGUUACAUUACUAGCAGUGACAGUGGUGAGACUUGGUCAGAAUUGACAGAUUUGACAGAAAGCGUGAUUGGUGAUGAGAUCCAUAAUUGGGCCACGUUCGGUGUAGGACCUGGACACGGCCUUCAGAUGAAGGAUGGUGGCAGACUCAUCGUUCCUGCUUACGCUUAUACAUGUUGUGUUAAUCUCUGUUGUUGUGCUACACUCUGUUGUCCUGCCAAACCCUAUUCUUUUGCAUUCUAUAGUGACGAUAAAGGCACUACCUGGAAAUUUGGAAAUAAAUUAAGUGUCGAGUCCAUUGAGUGUGAGAUGGCAGAGGUGACUAUCAAGGGCAAGAACGUGUUAUACUGCAGUGCAAGAAGCACUAAGGGUCAUAGAGUGGAGGCUUUUAGUGAGGACAAAGGAGAGAGUUUUCAAAUAAUGAAAAGUAAUGCGAAAUUGGUGGAGCCCCCUAGUGGCUGCCAGGGGAGUGUAGUGAGCUUCCAGCAUGGAAAUGAAACAUGGCUCAUGUUUUCACACACAACUGACAAAAAGGAGAGAAAGAAUCUUGGGAUUUAUUUGAAUAAGACUCCUAAAAAUCCCGCAGGAUGGGCUGAACCAUACAUCAUCAAUCACGGCACCAGUGGAUACUCUGAUGUGGUUCAGUGUGACCAGGAGAACUUUGCUUGCCUCCUGGAGCGUACGACGGAUAACUCCAAAGAAAUCGUUUUUGUGAGGUUUCAGCUCAGCGAUAUGCCAAAUCUGUAGAUGUAUUUACCUGCGUAGUAAAAAUAACCGACUUUACACCUGAAACAGAACAGAACUUAGGACAGAGGCGAGGCGACUGAUGCUGAACUUCUCAGUGACAGACACGGGGUUCAGAAACACACACACCUUCAGUUACAGUUUAUUUACCAAGAUUUAUGACCAUGAGUAAAAAAAAUGACUUGCUUUUUGUGUCAGAGAUGAGAACACAUCGACUUAAAGACAGACAGAGAUUAAAGCAGAGGUUUAACCUUCUGACUACUGAAAAUCCUGCAGUUAUUACAGGGCUGUGAAAACAUCUAUAACCACUGUAUCUGUGUUCAUUUCCAUCUCUCACUCUUCAUUACGUACUUCACGAUCGAGCUUUCUCAGUAAUUUGGCCACAGCUUUGGAAUGAUUUGCCAAUAGAAUUAAGAUUAUCACCCUCUCUGUCCAUCUUUAAGUCCCUUUUAAAAACGUAUCUCUUUUCCUCGGCAUUUCUAUAGUUUUCCUUUUCAUUUUCUUCUUACUUUAAUUACUUCUUACUUUUUUUGUUUAAUUCUAUUUUGCUUUUUAUUAUUAUCUCCUGUCUUAAUAUCUUUUUAUUUUUUCUGAGUAUUUUUUUAUUAACACUUUUUUAUUGUACAGCACUUUGGUCAGACCUGUGGCUGUUUUAAAUGUGCUUUAUAAAUAAAGUGAUGAAAGUGA